UUGAAUAUGCAUCAAUGGUGAUAACAAAAGAUUAUGAAAAAUUACAGACAAAUAUGAAAGCACCAACAUUAUUACGUGAAGAAAACAGUGCUAAACCAAUAAUCAAUUUAGAUAAUGAUCAUAUAAUGCCGGAUUUAAAACCGUCACGUGACGCUGAAGCCAAUACGGGUGAGGAAAGAAAUGGUGCACAAGUACUGGCUGAAGCAUUCAAACGACAAGGUAUUGAAUAUAUUUUUGGAGUGGUCGGUAUUCCAAUUAUCGAAGUAGCAUUUGCUGCUCAGCAAUGUAAUUUGAAAUAUAUUGGAAUGAGAAAUGAACAGUCCGCGAGCUAUGCGGCAUCCGCUAUUGGCUAUUUAACUGGAAAACCGGCUGUCUUGUUGACCGUUUCUGGACCAGGGCUUAUUCAUGGACUCGGUGGGAUGGCUAAUGCGCAGGUCGAAAGUGCACGUUUGUAUUCAAAAUAUGCUACUCGUAUUACAUCUCUAGAAAAAAUACCAUUCUUUGUCGAAAAGGCAGUACGAUCAACGAUUUAUGGUGCGGCCGGUGUAAGUUAUUUAGACAUUCCAGGUGAUUUGGUAACAGCUUCAGUUAAUUCCAAUCAAAUUGAAAACAUUCCACAAUGUCCACCUCCUCCAGCAUUCGGUACAACAAGAGAAAAUAUAUCUCAAUUUAUUGAUUUACUUCAUAAAAGCGAAAGACCAUUGGUGGUGGUAGGAAAAGUAAAACUUUGUGUAAUAGGUUGCGCACAAGGUUUCGCAGAGCAAGCUGUCAAAGAAUUUGUUGAACGUUUCCAUUUACCAUUUUUAUCAACACCAAUGGGCAAAGGUGUAUUGCAAGACAAACAUACACUAUCAGUUGGAGCAGCUCGUUCCACUGCGUUAAAAGAUUCCGAUUUGAUUAUUUUACUUGGUGCUAGAUUAAAUUGGAUGCUCCAUUUUGGUAAAGAACCUCGUUAUAAUUCAAAUGUGAAAAUUAUACAGAUUGACAGUGAUCCAUCUGAGUUGCAUAACAAUGUUCAAAGUACAUUAGCGAUACAAGGUGAUUUAAAAACGGUGUUAAAUCAGGUUAAAGAAGAUGAAACAAAAUGGAAAUUUGAGAAAGAUUCAAAAUGGUGGAAUAUAUUAAAAAAAAAAUUAGAACAAAAUAAACAACGUAGUGAUGCUCUGAUCAAUUCUAAAGAAAGUUCAAUGUUAAAUUAUUAUUCAGCCUUCAAUACUAUUCAAUCACUUUUACCAGAAAAUUGUAUUAUUGUUAGUGAAGGUGCGAACACAAUGGAUAUUGGACGUACCAUGUUGUUAAAUUCAAGUGCUAGACAUAGAUUAGAUGCGGGUACAUUUGGAACGAUGGGAGUUGGACCUGGUUUUGCUAUUGCUGCUGCUACUUAUUGUCAAGAUCAUCAACCAGAUAAACGUGUCAUUUGUGUUGAGGGUGAUAGUGCUUUUGGUUUUAGUGGAAUGGAAUUUGAAACAGCUGCAAGAUAUAAUUUGCCAAUAAUAUUCAUAAUAAUUAAUAAUGGUGGAAUUUAUGCUGGUGUUGACAAAGAGACAUAUACCGAAUUAACUAAACAAGAUCCAAGAAUAAAUUUACCACCAACAUCUUUAAUGCAAGCAAAUUACGAAAAAAUAGCUGAUGCUUUUAGUUGUAAAGGAUAUCUUGCGACUACUAUAGAUGAAAUACAAAAGGCCUUAAAAGAAGCACUGAACGAAAAACAUCGUCCAACGAUAAUUAAUGUUUUAAUUGAACCAUCAGCUGGACGAGUACAACAGGAACACGCAUGGCUUACUCGUGCGAAACUUUAA